AUGUCGACUACCCCGGUGAAGCGACUCCACAUCACGCCCCUGGACGCAGCUCUGCUCAAUACCAUCCUCCAUCCGACGACCCGUUCCCUCGCAACAGACAUCUCCUUCCACACCGUCCAGACGUUCCCUGAGAGUAAUUAUGGGUUCGUAACGCUGCCCACGGCCGAAGCGGAAAAGCUGGUUAAAAAGCUGAAUGGCUCGAUCCUGAAAGGCAGGAAGCUCCGGAUCCAGGAGGCUAGGCUCAGAAGGGAGAUACCGCUCGAGGAACUCACUUCUCCCGAGGAUCCUGGCCCAAAGGUAACUUGCAAUACCGCUAUGGCGAAAAAACGCAAAGCUGGUGAUAACGCCAUCGAAGGCUAUGAAUUGCCGUCAGAGCGUCGCGUAAAGCGAGGAUGGACUGAGGCGCCCGAUAAAGAGAAGAAUCGAUCACGGAAGGCCGACAGGAAAGAGCAGAAGAAAGACAGCAAGGGCAAGAAAGCUCAGAGAUCUAAAUAUACAAAUAACCCGGAAUGUCUCUUUCAGACCGUGCCUCCCCCCAAUAAAGCAGACCUUUCCAAAGCGGAUAAAAAAAGAAAAAGAAAGCCAUCCGACACCGCUGCUGUUGUGGUCCAUGAGUUCGAAAAGUUGACUACCCAUCCAAGCUUCUUAAGGACCGGCCAGGACUCGUCAUCGAAGAGUCUGACAAACGAGUACGUUGACGGGAAAGGGUGGCUUGACCGAAGUGGGAGUGUGAAAGAAGCUAGCUCGCUGAAAACCAAGCCGGAGCCCACAAGUCGGAUAAGGCCGCAAGAGAGAAAUGUCUCAAAGAUUUCGGUUCAAAUCACCGAAAACUGGGCUCCAAGUUCUAGUGAGGACGAGACUUCAUCGUGCGGAUCGUCAAGCGAAGAAGAAUCGCCUGGAUACUCGUCCUCGUCCUCUAGCGAUGAGGUCUUAAAUAAAGAAACUACGAACGAUUGCGUUGUUCAUCCGUCGCCGUCUACUUCCAAGCGCAGUUCCAAUGACAAAUCACUUGCGGGAAAUGGCGAUAUAACUUCGUCGACUACCUUGGCAAUGGACGAAGCCUCCAGCGAUUCUACUUCUGAAUUAUCUGACGAGGGCGACGUGGAUCAAGGGAAUGAAACGUUCAGGGAUCGUCACGAUUCCAUUGACGGUGUUGAUGAUGAAACAUCCUCGAGCAAUUCCUCUAGCGAAGAUGACACCGCCGUCUCUAGUUCAGCCUUGGAUGGCGGGGACUCUCACUCCGAUAAGGAGGAGGAGGAAAGCGAAAACGAACCCCCAGCCAAAGAGGUUCAACAGGCCGACACAACCCCAGAGUGCGUGCCUGCCCCCAAAGAAAUCCACCCCUUGGAAGCUCUGUUCAAACGGCCAGCAUCGGGGGCAGCAACCCCGCCCGGAAAGGCGCAACCCGCGGCUAGCACGGCGUUCAGCUUUUUUGGCAACGCCGAAGAAAAUAGCGACAUCGAAGACGAAGAUGAUUAUACAACCAGUCUCCAUGGGGCCGAUGGCAACAUUGUUGCUGAACCUCAGACACCCUUUACAAAAAUGGAUUUGCAGAUCCGCGCUGUGCGUAGCGGUGCCCCUACUCCUGACACCGUUGCCGUCAGCAAAGUUAGGUUCUGGGAAGAAGAUGAAGAGGAGGACAGUGCAGAUGUCGACGCAGAAGGGAAUGACAGGGGCGACGGAACUAUGAAACCAACAACCAUCUUAUCUAAAGCCACCGAGCGAAAGGACCCAGAGGCCGAUGGAGAAAGUGAAUUUUCGAAGUGGUUCUGGGAGAACAGAGGCGAUAACAACCGUGCUUGGAAGAGGAGACGAAGAGAGGCGGGUAAAGAGAGAAGACAAAGGGAAAAUAGGCGACGGGGAAGAUAA